AUGUCAUCCUCGGCCAGCGUCCAAAAAGGAGACCUAGUGACGGACUGCCAUCACCCACUCGAGGUGGAAGACGCCGAUCGGAAUGGCGGGGAGGCUGGCACCAGGUUCGACCACAGCGACAUGGCCCGCAUGGGCAAGGCGCAGGAGUUCAAGAGAAAUCUCCGACCUUUGGCUGCUCUGAGUUUCGCCUCCGUUCUACAAGCCACUUGGGAAUUUAUUCUAAUCUCCAACUAUGAGGGUCUCGAAGAUGGCGGAAUGGCUGGCUUGGUGUGGACAUACGUGUGGACCUUUGUCGGCUUCGGCUUCAUCAUUGUCUCGUUGUCAGAAAUGGCAUCCAUGGCCCCAACCUCUGGAGGACAGUAUCAUUGGGUCUCGGAAUUUGCCUCUCCACGAUACCAGAAGUUCCUGAGCUAUAUCACUGGAUGGAUGUCGGUGUUAGCCUGGCAAGCCGGCGCUGCAUCAGGAUCUUUCCUAACCGGAACAAUCAUCCAAGGUCUGAUCAGCGUGCGAAACCCCGACUACAAUCCGAAGCGAUGGCAGGGAACGUUAUUCGUCUUUGCGAUGAUCCUCGUGAUCUACUUCUUCAAUGUCUACGCGGCCAGUUGGAUGCCUCGGAUACAAAAUAUCCUAUUAGCCCUACACACCAUCUGCUGGGUGGUCGUCGUCGUCGUUCUCUGGGCCAUGGCUCCCCGCCAAUCUGCCAAGGUCGUGUUCACAGAAUUCAGCACAUACGGAGGGUGGAAUAAUGUCGGGGUCGCGUUGAUGAUAGGCCAGAUAUCCGCCAUUUACGGUUCGCUCAGUUCCGACGCCACUGCGCACAUGUCGGAAGAGGUUCGCGACGCCGGUCGAUAUGUCCCCAUGGCCAUUUGCGGUGGAUACUUUAGCAACGGCAUCCUGGCACUGGUGCUCAUCAUCACACUCAUGUUCGCGAUGCCCUCCGUGAAGGACGCCUUAGAUGACCCAACCGGGUUCCCCUUCAUCUAUGUCUUCAAGCAGGCCGUCUCCACAGCUGGCGUCAACGGACUCACAGCGAUCAUUCUGAUUCCAGUCAUCUUCAGCAACAUCCUUUUCAACGCGUCAACCGCCCGCCAGACCUACGCCUUUGCCCGGGACAGGGGCCUUCCUUUCUCCAACUGGAUCUCCAAAGUCAACCAGACAUACAAACUUCCAGUCAACGCCAUUGCCCUAUCUUGCAUUAUCAGCUGCAUACUAUCUCUCAUCAAUAUAGGGUCCGACACCGCCUUCAACGCAAUCAUUUCGCUGAACGUAGCGGCCCUAAUGUGGACCUACGCCAUCUCAAUCAGCUGUGUGAUGUACCGCAAGAUCUACUGCCCGGAGACACUGCCCCCGAGGCGCUGGACCCUAGGCAAACACGGGAUCUGGAUCAACGCCGUUGCCCUGAUCUACGUCAUCUUCGCCCUGUUCUGGUCCUUCUGGCCCACAGAGGUCCCCGUGACCUUGAAAAACUUCAAUUGGAGCGUAGUCCUCUUUGUCGGCGUCUUUUUCAUCAGUUUAGUGAUGUAUCUCGUCCAGGGCCGACGGGUGUACAAGGGCCCAGUAGUCGACGUUAAGAGGAGCUGA